AGCUUCCCUCUCGCGCACGUGGACCUGAUCAGGAAGUCCUAGCCCAGCUGGGGCCAGGACAGCGCCUAGAGCCCCUACUCGAGCCGCUGUGCCCCGGGGCCCCGCUGGACCCAAGGAAGGCACGUUCAGGUCCUGCCCCGGGCAGGGGAGUUGUCCACCCGACCCCUCGCUGGGGACAGGGCAAUCCCCAGUCCCCUCCCCGCUGUAGUCAGAGCUUUUAUCCACGCGUUUCUUCAGCCGGGUGCCUGUGGUGACUGAGAAGCAUAAGGGUUGCUGAGAAGCCAGUGUCACUAUGACGGAGCGCUUUGACUGCCACCAUUGCAAUGAGUCUCUCUAUGGCAAGAAGUACGUCCUGCAGGAGGAGAACCCACACUGCGUGGCCUGCUUUGAGGAGCUCUACGCUAACACCUGUGAGGAGUGUGGCAAGCUGAUUGGCUGCGACUGCAAGGACCUGUCCUAUAAGGAACGGCACUGGCACCAGGGUUGCUUCUGCUGCUCACAGUGCCGUGGCUCGCUGGUGGACAAGCCCUUUGCCGCCAAGGAGGACCAGCUGCUGUGCACCGACUGCUACUCCAACGAGUACUCGUCCCGCUGCCAGGAGUGCAGGAAGACCAUCAUGCCUGGGACCCGCAAGAUGGAGUACAAGGGCAGCAGCUGGCACGAGACCUGCUUCGUGUGUCACCGUUGCCAGCGGCCAAUUGGGACACAGAGCUUCAUCCCCAAGGACAGCGAGAACCUCUGUGUGCCCUGCUAUGAGCAGCAGUAUGCGCCACAGUGCGUGCAGUGCCAGAAGCCCAUCACAGCAGGCGGUGUCACCUACCGGGAGCAGCCGUGGCAUCGAGAGUGCUUCGUGUGCACUGCCUGCAGGAAGCCACUGUCGGGCCAGCGCUUCACGGCGAGAGACGACUUUGCCUACUGCCUGACCUGCUUCUGCGACCUGUACGCCAAGAAGUGUGCCGGGUGCACCCACCCCAUCAGCGGACUUGGUGGCACAAAGUACAUCUCCUUCGAGGAGCGGCAGUGGCACAAUGACUGCUUCAACUGCAAGAAGUGCUCGCUCUCCCUAGUGGGGCGGGGCUUCCUCACUGAGAGGGACGACAUCCUGUGCCCCGACUGUGGAAAGGACAUCUGAGGCUCCUCAGGCAUCAUGGCUGGGGCCUCCACAGAUCCACAGCCACCUGAGGCUGCCCUCUUUUGCCUUUCAGUGAUCUUCACGUUAUUAAACCUUUCAGUCCUUCUUACUAUGUAGUUCAGUCCCGGGGAAGGAGACAACCAUAUUUAACCCUAGUAGGAAGAUGGCUUAGAAUUUUUGUAAUCACUUAAGGCAAAUCCCAUAUAAAACUCCUUUGGAAUGUCUACACUGCAUCUUUCUUUCACUGCUUCUGUAAGUGGGAUUAACAAUGCCACACACUUGACAGUUUUCUAGGCUAUCUAGGGUAAGGAAGAGUGGCUAUUUGCAGCUCUGUACUGUUCAAGAUUAUGUGACUCACAAUAAAGCUAUU